GGAGAUUACGUCAGCAGCGUGAACUUCUUUUCAUGGCCGCGUGGCGUUCCGUGUAGCUAGUUACGCCGGUGGCGUACGAAAUAUCCGUAGCGACAAAGACUGCGAGCCUCAAACCUAUGGGGAAGAAAUAAAAAAAAGACCUUCGAUAUCGUCGCACUCUGUACCUUAAGACCAAUAUUUUCUAAGAAGCUCGUUUUCCCCAGAGAUUUGGGAAAAUACUCCGCCAAUCAAAAAUCGACGGGGCGAAGUUAGCGUAAAGCCUACAAAGACUUUGGCUGCUGGCAGAUUUUCCGUUGGACGGUCUAGGCUGGUGUAUAGCGAGGGAACCGCCAUGGCAGUCGGAUCAUUGAGCACUCACAUCGGGAUAUGAAGAGGAGCUGCGUUCACCCGGACUCGACACGAGAAGACCCGCGAAGCCGCAAUCCGCGCCGGAUCGAGAUCGGAACGGACUCGCCCUCGGGUUUAUGGAACUCAUCCCGGAAAAAAAAUAUUGCAGUAGCUUUUUAGUCGGGGGUGGGGGGCAAAGGGAGAGGUCCAGAUUCAUGACUAUUUUAGUCGGAGACGCGUCUUCUGAGAACUAUUGAAAGAAAAUCUGGAAUACAGCGAGGAAAUGCUCGUGUGAGAGUGAGUGGUCAGCAGUGGGGACACGAAGCGUAUUUGAUCAGGUUAUAUAAAGUGGCGAGAAUCCUGGGAUUAAAAGAGUCUUCUGCCUGUCUGUCCUGUGAAUCACCACGGACUGUGAUACGAAUUUACCACCAUCCCUUUUUGGAUGAGAAGCUCGGGAGAACGGACCAGCCCUGUCCUUUAACACGUUGCAGCUUCCGAGUCGAGUGAAUCUAAAGGGAUCAUUGGAUCAUGUCGGGUCGGCCCAGGACCACAUCCUUCGCGGAGAGCUGCAAACCAGUGCCGCAGCCCUCUGCUUUUGGCAGCAUGAAAGUCAGCAGAGAUAAAGAUGGAAGCAAGGUAACAACAGUUGUGGCCACGCCAGGCCAAGGCCCCGACCGGCCACAGGAGGUGAGCUACACGGACACUAAGGUCAUCGGCAACGGCUCCUUUGGUGUCGUCUACCAAGCCAAACUCUGCGACUCUGGAGAGCUAGUGGCCAUAAAGAAGGUUCUCCAAGACAAGAGAUUUAAGAACCGUGAGCUGCAGAUUAUGAGGAAGUUGGAUCACUGCAACAUAGUCCGCCUGCGCUACUUCUUCUACUCUAGUGGAGACAAGAAAGACGAGGUGUACCUGAAUCUGGUUCUGGACUAUGUUCCAGAGACCGUCUACAGAGUGGCCAGACAC